AUGUCGCAAGUUGCAUAUUGCUGGCGCGAUGAAGCAGCUACACGUUACGGUCGAAUUUGGGUAGGUACGGUCAGCAGCGAGCUUACGUAUAGUGGAGGCACAGAGCUGCUUCUUGCGCCCCCUCAUGCCAAGACACAUGAGCUUACUUUGCCUUGGAACGAGGGCAAGGGCGGCACAAAGCGGCCCGACGUUCGCGCACUGGUCGACUAUAUAAAGCAAAAUCUCAUCACGGAGCGCGAAGAACUGUUUGUGGAAGGGGACAAUGUCGACUGGGAGCUUGAGGGCGAGAUGGAUUAUGUGCUCCAGGACAAGGACCACGUUGUAUUUAUCAGCACACUGCACGGGGGAUAG